AUGGAUUCAAAUGGCUCCAUUGCACAGUAUCAGAGUUCGGUAGGUGAAGUAUGGAGAGAUCUCGCUCUUAGACUGCAUUUUGUUGCUAAGAAGGCGAUUGCUUAUAUUAGAAGGAUCCUAAGCACCGUUGAAGAUGGAAGAAUAAGUAUCUCACCUUAUGACACAGCAUGGGUUUCUCUUAUUGAAAAUAUUGAUGGAAGUGGCACUCCUCAAUUUCCAUCCUCCCUUGAGUGGAUUGCACAAAAUCAACUCUCUGAUGGUUCUUGGGGUGAUGCACUAUUUUCUGUGUGUGAUCGACUAUUGAAUACUCUAGCUUGUGUAAUUGCAUUGAGAUCAUGGAAUAAUCAUCCAGACAAGAGUGAAAAGGGAACGAGAUUUUUCAAGGAGAACUUAUCCAAACUGGGAAAGGAAGAUUUAGAUAGCAUGACUUGUGGAUUUGAAGUUGUAUUUCCUCCUCUUGUUGAAAGAGCUCGUAGUUUGGGCAUUGAGAUUCCCCAUGAUGCUCCAUUUCUAAGAGAGAUCUUUCGUUUGAGAUCUUUAAAAUUUGCAAGGAUUCCAAAGGACCUAAUGCAUGAAAUACCAACUCCAAUACUUUACAAUUUGGAAGGAUUAGAAGACCUAAAUUGGGAAAAGCUGUUGAAGCUACAAACAGAAGAAGGAUCAUUCUUGACUUCUCCAUCUUCAACUGCCUUUGCACUUAUGCAGACCAAAGAUAACAACUGUUUGAAGUAUCUCAACGUUAUUAUCACAAAAUUCAAUGGUGGAGCACCUACCGUCUAUCCGAUUGAUGUGUUCUCACGACUUUGGGCCGUUGAUCGCUUGCAACGCCUUGGAAUUUCUCGUUUCUUCAAGCUGGAGAUUAAGGACUGUCUGGACUAUGUAUACAGAUAUUGGACUGAAAAUGGAGUAUUUAGUGGAAGAAAUGCAAGAGUUUAUGAUUUGGAUGACACCUCUAUGGGUUUCAGGCUUCUAAGGUUAUUGGGCUACAAUGUCAACCCUGAUGUUUUUAAGCACUUCAGGAAACAAGGCAAGUUCGUUUGCCUUGGCGGUGAGCUUAAUGAAUCUCCAACGACGAUCCUAAAUCUCUAUAAGGCUUCUCAAGUUCAAUUUCCUAGUGAGAAUAUACUUGACGAAGCCAAAAGAUUCUCCUACAACUUUUUGAAGGAAAGGGUAGCAAAUAACAAAUUUGUAGAUAAGUGGGUUAUUUCCAAGGACAUUCCUGGCGAGAUAACUUAUGGAAUUGGAAUACCAUGGUAUGCUAACUUACCUCGGGUUGAAGCCAGGUUCUAUGUAGAGCAUUAUAGUGGUGCUGAUGAUGUUUGGGUUGGCAAAACAUUAUACAGGGUGGCCGAAAUUAGCAACAAUAUUUAUCUGGAGCUUGCCAAACUAGAUUACAACGAGUGUCAGGCUCAGCAUCAACUUGAGUGGAUCAACAUGCAGCAGUGGUGGGCAGAAAGCAACCUUCCCGAAUUCGGGAUCAGUAUAGAGAACCUUUUGGAUGCCUAUUUUCUAGCUGCUGCAAGCUUAUAUGAGCCAGAAAGGUCAAUAGAGAGACUGGCAUGGGCUAAAUCUACGGUAAUUGCUCAGUCUCUGACAAUAUAUUUUGAUGAAGUCGCUACAUCAACAGAACAGAGGAAUCGAUUCAUUGCAGCUUUCAAAGGCAAUUCUUUUAGCUCUCUUGACAAGAUAGACAGGAUGGGAGAGAGACUACUUCGAAACAUUCAAAAGUUCAUUCACCAUCUCUCAGUUCAGACAUUUCAAGGGCUGGAGAGGGAUCUAACUCAGCAAUUGAAUGAUGCGUGGGAGGCGUGGUUGACAACAGCAUUGAAUAUGAAAAUGGGUGAAUACCCAAAUGAGGCAACAUUGAUAGUGCAGAUUCUGAACCUGUCCACUGGAAGGAUAAUGUGUUCAAAGGAGAUGCUGUACAAUGACGACUACAAGCAUUUGUCACACCUCACGGAUAAAGUUUGUAAUCAGCUUCGCCAACAUCAGAAAAAUCAAAAGGAAAUUCAUAUGGUGUUCCCAGAGAUGAAUGGCGGUUCACACGGUUGUAUCAGAUCCACAGAGAUUGAAGCUGACAUGCAAGAAAUUGUUCGAUUGGUGCUUCAAAGCCCCCCUGAGAACGAUACAGAAAGAUCAAUUAGAACUAUACAAGGGUUACUGAACAAAGUUGAAUUAUCAAUAUCUGCUUAUGACACAACAUGGGCGGCCAUGCUGCCGUCCGGGGGUCUUAAGAAACAAGAAGUUGGAUCAUGGAGCUUAGACUCAAAGGAUUGUCAACUGGUUGAAGAUUCCAUUUCUUCCAGGCUAGCCUCUCUGCUUUCUCUGCGAAGGUGGCGAGGAGACACAAUUGAAAAGUUGGGAUUGGAACCAUACUUCAGGCGUGAAAUAGAAAGAAUAUUGGAUGAAACAUACAAGUCAUGGCAGAAGAAGAAUGAAGAAAUUUUCUCCGAUGUCAGUUGUUGUGCCAUGGCAUUUCGAUUUCUACGACUAAGAGGAUACGAUGUUUCUGCAGUAAGCCCGAUGUUCACAAAUGUGACUACUAUUCUGGAGUUGUACAAAGCUUCCCAGCUGAUUAUGUAUCCAAAUGAAGAACCUCUUGAGAGAAUCCAGGCUUGGACAACAACUUAUUUGAAGGAUCAGUUGCUAAAUCAGUCCAUAAUCGACAAGAAGUUACAUAAAGAGGUCGAGUUUACUCUCAAGAAUUAUCAUGGCACGUUAGCGCGGGUAUUGAACAGGAGAUGUAUUGAGCUAUAUGACAUUGACAAGCAUCACAUUCUUAAAACAUCUUACAGAGACCUUCUGACCUUGGCAAUACAAGAUUUUAACAGUUGUCAGGCCCUCCAUCAAGCUGAACUCCAAAUACUUGAAAGAUGGUACGAAAAGAACGAAUUGCAGAGUUCAAGAAUCCCAAAACGUGUUCUACAAUCGAGUUAUUUCAUGAUUACUGCUGAUGCCUUUGAGCCAGAAUUAUCUGAUGCUCGAAUCUCAUAUGCUCAGACCUGUGUCCUAGUCACAGUGGUAGAUGAUUUAUUUGAUAAUUGUGCUCCAAGAGAGGAAUUAGUCAACCUUAUCCAAUUGGUUAAAAAAUGGGACAAGAAUUCUUUCACUCAAUGUUGCUCCAAGCAAGUCAAGCUUUUCCUUUUGGCACUUUACAACACAGUAGAUGAGCUUGCUGAAAAAGCUUUUGUUCACCAAGGGCGAUGCAUAAAGCAAGACUUGAUUAGCAUGUGGCAGGAAUUGCUGGAGGGUAUGUUGACAGAGCUAGACUGGUGGAGAGAAAACUCAGCACCGACCAUUGAUGAGUAUUUAUCUGUUGGACGCACAACUAUUGGGGCCAAAAUCUGCGUUCUUACGGGAGCUUAUUUUCUUGGACCAAAAUUAUCAGAGGAUAUUUUAAACAGUGAAGAAAUGAAAAGCUUAUGGACGCAUGCCUCCACAGUUGGACGACUCCUUAAUGAUAUCCAAACACAACAGGUCUUUGAUAACAAUAUGCUUAAUUGCCCAUCAAGGAUUCACUGUGCAAAGAAUACUGGUAGAUAG